UCUCACAUUUCCAAGGGACAAGCAUUUUACUUUCCAUGUAACUCUAUGAAGGGACGCUACGUCACUGUGUUUCUACCAGGAAGUGCAAAGGUCCUGAGUCUCUGUGAGGUUGAAGUGUACUACGGAUACCCAUUACCCAAUGUGGCACUCAAAGGAGAAGCUACCCAGUCAUCUACACUCUCUGUUGCCACGGCGUCCAAAGCCAUCGAUGGCAGACGGAACUCGUUCUACAGCAAUGGGUUCUGUAGCCACACGGCUGAAGACAAGACCAACCCCUGGUGGAGGGUGGACCUGCAGCGAAGCUUUACAGUCACUGCUGUAAAAGUCACCAACAGAGGAGACUGCUGUGCUGAAAGACUGGAUGGAGCUGAGAUCAGAAUAGGAAACUCACUGGAGAACAAUGGAAACAAUAAUCCCAGGUGUGCUUCCAUCUCACAUAUCAAUGCGGGUAAAACCUACACAUUCCAGUGUGACGGAGGCAGCAUGGAGGGUCGCUUUGUGAACGUGUUUCUUCCUGGACAGAAGAAGACUCUCACCCUGUGUGAAGUGGAGGUGUAUGCUGCCCCAGCAGUUGAACCGCUUCCAAACGUGGCCUUAGGCAAACAAACCAUACAGUCAUCAACUUCAACGUAUGUGCCUUCAAAAGGUGUUGAUGGAUGCAGAAAUGGAAACUUGGGCACAGGAUGCUGUACACAUACUCAACAAGAUCUGGGUCCCUGGUGGAGAGUAGACUUGCUGGCUGUCUAUAAAGUCAGUGCUGUCACCAUCAUCAACAGACACGAUGCUGUUACAGAAAGGAUUCUUGAGGCACAGAUCUUGAUCGGGAACUCACUGGAGCAAAAUGGUAACCAAAACCCCAGUUGUGGCAUGAUCAAAUCAUUAGCGGGUACACCAACAUACACAUUCCAGUGUAAUGAAAUGGAAGGUCGCUACAUCAAUGUGAUCAUACCAGGAAUUAAGAGAUAUAUGACCCUGUGUGAAGUGGAGGUGUUUGCUUCUCUAUCUGUGCCGGACAUUAUCAUUGCUCCAACGACUCCUCCACCUCCUCCCACACCUCCUCCGCCUGUGAGCCUGCAGCUUGGUGGCAGGAACGUGACGGUGGUGGGAGAGAGGCUCUGCUGGUCUGAUGCUCUGAUGUACUGUAGACGUUAUUACUGGGACCUGCUCAGCCUUCACAGCCAACAGGAGCAAAGCGAGUUGGAGCAGCUGCUGGGCCUCAUUCCUUUCUCCCUCACAGACCACGUCUGGCUGGGACUGCGCAGAUCCCUCAGGGGAGACGAGUGGUUCUGGAUGUCUGGACGGUCCAUGAAUUUCUUGAAUUGGCCACAAGAUUUUGUUCCUGACAGCUACUCCAGCACAUGUGGGGGCAUGACCAGCAGGGAGCACCUCCUGUGGCAAGACCAGCCCUGUGAGGAGAACCUCAACUUCAUCUGCCAAUCAGGUGCUCAGGACAGUGUGCAAAGAGUCGACUUUGACAGCACCGCGAUUGCCACACGUUCACAGUAAAGACAGGUGGAGACUGCCAACUGGCUGGUUUAAAGAAGUCCCCGUGUGAACUGGAUCUUAACCUGCAGCUGGCAGCCUCCUCGGCCCUCUGCUUGCCUCCUCUGCACCUAACAACAAGCUGAGUUCUACUUAAUGAAAUCUUUGUAAAUAGUGAAUUAAAAGGCUAUCUUAUGCUAAAUGCUUAUCCACUGUACAGACUGAGCUCCCUAAAACGACUGACGUAGGCGUGAGAACAGUUUUCUGUUGAAAUCCUUUCCCUCUUGUUUAUCUAGUUUAGAGAACUGGUAUUGGUUUGCCUUUUUUUUAAAUUAGGGAAAUUAGACGCUUCAGUUUGUUGUUUUGGCUUUGCUCACAUGCAAGACAAACAAACACCUCCUUAGACUCUUGAAUUGCACUGCAUUGGUUCUUUUUUCUUCACUGUGGUACGAGUGACGUUUGAGACUUUCAAGCCACACAUCAACAAAUGCAUGCUGCAUUCAUAUCCUGGAGGAAAACUGGGGUUUUUUGGUGUACUGCUGUGUCCAUCAUAAAUAAAUAAAUUUUUUGUCCUCUUAGCUAAAAAAAAUAACUAUAAACUAUAGAAAAUAACUCCUUGGAACCAAAGUCCAACAGGUUAAACUUCAUAGGCUAUGUUAAGCAUUGUGUUUGCUCUGUCCGACAGAUCCCUGAGAGGAAACAACUGGUUCUGAUGAAUUAUUGUGAAUUACUGUGUGUAUUCUGUAGACUGAAAUGCAUGUUUUAUUAGAUAGAACGAGAUUUUAAUUUGAUGUCUUUCAUUGUUGUAAUGGUGUGCAUAAUUCCUUGUAAGGCUGUAAGAUGUUUCUGCA